GCUCCUGCAGAACCAGAGGGGGAGAAAACGGGGUGGAAGAAUUUGGCCUCAAGUCCUGCAGCCGCCUUCAAACUGCUGGGAUGAGGUGGUGGCUGGUGGUGGCCAAUCUGUGGCUGCUGGUGGUCCUGACCAUCCCAGACACCCAGGCCAGGAACAGACCUUACAACCAGGAUGGUGAGACACGCCGGGGGAAGAGGAUGAGAGACGGACCGGGUCCCGGGCGAGCCAGAGCGGGGCGCUCUAGACCUCUGAAGAUCAGACUGGUCCCUGGUCCCAAUGUCCCAGUCGAGCCCAGCGGAAAACAAGGAAACACUGUGUUCCUGGAGUCCUACAAGAACCUUCAAGACCAGCACUCCAGCUACAACAUCAUCCCAGGUAAGCAGGGCCAGUGUGUGUACCAGGGUCUGACCAUGUUCGAUCAGGCCGUCUGGUCUCCAAAGCCCUGUGUGACUUGUCUGUGUACCGGAGGGCGGGUGGUUUGUGACGAGAUCACCUGUCCCACAAUGCAGUGCCACUUCCCCUUCACCCCUGCUGGGGAGUGCUGCCCCGUCUGCAUGGAGCCAGAGCCUGACCUCAGCCUUGACCUUUCUGGUGACUCCCCAGUUCGCAGUGACCCCAGCGACCCUGUGACCCCGCUGACCCAGGAGGAGAUCCAGCGAAUCCUCUGGCGAGAGGAAGAGGAGCACCGCGAGGAGGAGGAGCGCCUGAGGAAGAAGGAUGAGACGAGGAAGAAGAGGAGGAAGCAGAGGAAGGAGCAGGCGGAGAGACAGAGAAAGAUAGUGGAGGAGAGGAGGAGGGAAGAGGAGGAGGCCCUGAGGCUGCAGGUGGAGAAGGAGGAGGAGGAGUGGAGGAGGCAGAUGGAAGAGAGGAGGAGGCAGGAGGAGGAAGACAGGAGGCGGAAGGAAGCGGCAGAGAGAGAAGCAAGGGAGAAGGAAAGGAGGCUAGAGGAGGAAAGAAGGAGGCAGGAGGAGAUACUGAGGGAGAAACUACUGGCUCUGGUGGAGGAGGAGGAGGAGGAGGAGGAGCGGCAGGGGGAGGCAGAGGAGGAAGAGGAGGUGUGGCUGAGAGGAGACGUGUUUCAGAUGCUCCCAAAAGAACCUGAGGAACCUGAGGAGCCAGACCUCCUCCCCGCUCCAAUCCCAAGACCUCCUGCUGCAACGGAGGACGAGCUGAAGGAAGUGGAGGCAGAGGAGUUCGAGGAGGAAGGGGAGGAGAGGGAGGUGGUGGUGGUAAUGAACAGAGGAGGCCUCCCUCCAGGGUGCGACAUCUCUGAUGUCACUGUGACAUGUGAGAAUGCCAAACUCAUCCACUUCCCUCCUCUGUCCAUCCCGGAGCUCAAAUCUCUCAGUCUGGAGGGCAACAACAUCAGCAGCAUCCCAGCAGAAGCCUUCAAUGGCAUUCCCAACCUGGAGUGGAUCAACCUGAAGAAAAACAAACUCACCUCCGCCGGCAUUGAUGCUAAAGCCUUCAAAGGUCUGAAGAUGCUGAGACGUCUGUACUUGGACGGGAACCUUCUAGACGCCGUGCCCUCUGACCUCCCGCCCACCCUGCAGGAGCUAAAGAUCAACGAGAACAAACUGAGAGGUAUCGACGAAAACAGCUUCCAAGAUCUGAGCAGCCUGGUGAUUCUGGAGCUGGAAGGAAAUCUGCUGAGUGAGGGGAAUGUAGCUCCUCUGGCCUUCGCUCCCCUCAUCCAGCUCUCCUACCUCAGACUGGGCAGAAACCACUUCCGCACCAUACCACAGGGCCUUCCGACUACACUGCUGGAGCUGUACUUGGAGAACAAUCUGAUUGAGGAAAUCUCAGAGACAGUUUUCAAUCAGACCAGAAGUCUGAACGUGGUUUCUCUGAGACACAACAGGCUGGAUGAGACCAGGAUCGCACCGAUGGCCUGGAUCAACCACAGAAAUCUGGAGUCGAUCGACCUUUCACAUAAUGACCUUUACCUGGUUCCGUCCUACCUGCCCAGAUCUCUGGUCCAUCUAGUGCUGGUGGGAAACAAGAUCGAGAGGAUACCUGGUUACGUCUUUGCCCACAUGGACCCUGGUUUAGAGUACCUCUACCUCUCCUACAACAAACUAGACGGAGAGGGAACUGAGCCUGAGUCGUUCUUCGGCUCUUAUCACUCCAUGGUGGAACUGUGUCUGGAUCACAACCAGCUGGUCUCUGUGCCAUCUGGCAUCAAUGAGAUGACCAACUUACACUUUCUCAGACUCAACAAUAACAGGAUCAGGAGUAUCCCUGAUGAAGGCAUCUGUGACCCGAACCACAAUGGAGACUCCACUCUGGUGGCACUGAGGCUGGAAAACAACAACAUCGACCCCCAGAAGAUCUCACCAACGGCUUUCUCCUGUGUACGCUCCUCCUCAAGUGUGGUCUUAAAACCCCAGAAAACCAAAUGACCGCACAAAACCAAAAACUAAAAGACACUUGUUUGUAUCCCCAGAAAAACAGGACUUAUAUUUUGUUUUUAAAUGUGCCAAGAGAAGUCAAACCCUCUCACUAGCUUCCCCUGAUGCUGUAUAUUACUGAAGUAACACGGAAAGUAAGAAAUUACUCUCACAUUAUAGUCUGACAUACAGCCUGAACAUGGAAAACAUGCAUUUUAACAGUCACUGCUGACGCAAUUUUCUUUAAGGCAAUACAUUGUCCUGUCAUAUCAUAUCCUUGGACUGAAUCCUUACAAGCUGCACAAAAGUAAGAUUUUAUUUUCCUCUAACACGCUGUUUAAGGUCUGGUAAGUUGUUUUGCACCGUCACCUGGCCCACCUUAAACGACUGAAGGUGACAGAACAUGUUCAGACUUCAAAAUCAAAGACAUCUGUCUCCUUUGGUAAAUGUUAAACUCUCUAAAAUGGAAAGAAUUCCUACGCCAUACACAGUAAAAUGAAAAUGCUAAUAAAGAAAUGGAAAGAAUUCUAUGAAGUGAGACCACAAGCCCAACACAUUAUUUUUAACAACCUCAGCACCUUCAUGUUCCAUUUCUCAGCUCAGUUUCUUCCAGUGCCUUCUUUCAUAAAAGCUCUGACAUGGAAAGGAGUGUCGGUAGUGAAAUAACAUGUGAUACAUCCUUCAUGCUCUUUUGUGUUAAAGAUUAAGAGCCGGUUAAAGGAUUAAGUGAAGGUGAGCACUGUUGGAGAGCUGAUCCCUGAUGGAUAAAGAGAUAGAAGAUGUAAUAACAUGUCUGCUUCUUGCCUGCAUCCUUUACCUUUCUGAUUACAUUUAUGCCUGACGUGAGAACUUAAUGGGAGUCUCACCAUCUGCCACAGAUUUUGUUUUAUAGUUCAGUGUCAGAUUUCACAUCUUGAUGGCAAACCUACAAUACUAGAUGUAUGCAUUGUGUGCGGUAAAGCCAUAUUGUGCUCUGAUUAUACUCCCCACAGUAAUUAUUUCACUUCACGACGGUCAGCCACUUUCUUAAUAACUGGAGCAACAUCAAGGUAACUUCUAUUUCGCCUCGUCUCUUUACUAAAUAAGAGACUAUUUCGUGCAAUUGCCGUGUUCAUGUGGUCUCAUUCACUGUUGAGCAGGGUUCGCAGUGAGGUUUGCUUGCGAGUUUCUUGGGGAUGAGUAUAUUCAUGUGGAAUAUGUGGUCUAAAGAAACACAAUUAUUGGGAGAACACUCAAACAAAAGCCUUUGACCGACUGCUCUCUCCAAGAACUCAGAAAAGAGUUGAGAUGUGGGAGGAACCACUGGUUCCAGAGGUCCUUUUCCCCACUGUAAAUUUCCACUUCAAAGUUUUCUCUUAAUGAUCUCAUCAGUGUUCUUCAGCAAACAAACACAACAGUCUCCUGGAUAAUUCAACCAUACAAUAGGUCUAUGUUUAUGCUUCAACUAUCAACCUGUGUAACUGAACUGCAAUGUAUUAAUAAGUAAACAACAGCUUUGACAGUGAAUAAAAGAAGGCUUCUGCA